UUUUGAGAAGCCCGAGAACUUGCCGCCGAAGACAAUAACGGUCCCGUCCCAAUAAGCUAUUUCUUCAGUAUACAGAUUCAGCCAAUACCUAUUCGGUUGGUCAAGGCUUAAUGCAAGGGUAAUGUAAUGGUAGAACCUUGUAGCCAUGUAAGAAGUCCUUAGUCACACCGGUAUAUUUCGUUCCCACAUCUUCGAUAGCUGACUUUAACCUGAAACCGAUCGUAUUAUUCUCACUAUCUCAGUGACUUGAUUUUGAUCUUAUCAUAACCAUAUUCCAAACAACAAACACUAUGUUUUCCAAUGCAAAGCCAUACUGUUGACCUUCUCACGUCUACUGCCGGCUCAAUACCUCAAAGUGGUUCUGCCCUUCGUCAAAAUGAGAUAUGCCAUACCGACACUUUUAAUGUUUGUACCGUGGGACAAAUCAGGCUAUUGCACAAACCUUGUGAGUAGUAUGAUGGGUGUCGCCUAUGAUUGCACCAAUCCUGACUUUCAUCGGCGAAUAAUUUACAAGAAGAUAGAUUCCCCACAAUCUGGACACCCAAUGCUACCGAUGAAUGGAAGGAUCUUCCACAUCUCAGGAGAAUCUACCUCACUACGGUUUUUAUGGGCGCUGAGCUCUAGAGUAGUAACUUCUCCAGAGUUUUAUUAUGUUGCAAUGCAGCUAUAUCCCUAAGUUCGAUUUACUACUGCCGAGCUCCGAAACUACUCUUUUGUCGAAUCCGGGAGUUUGUACGCUGCGGCUUGUGCUUGGCUCACACUGCAGUCUAGGAUAUCAAGCAUCUUAACAGAACAAACUGCUGAUGUGGAAAAGCAGUUGUAUUUACUUUGUGCCAGCUUGGCUACUAGGCCAGAAGCCGCGUUGCUGGGUUGUUGGUACUGGUCGGAAAUGCAAAUGGCUCGGCUAGCGUCCUGGCCAAGAAGUAAUGGAUUGUCUACUUGGACGGGUGGAAAGAGCACACACAAACAAAUGAGGAAUGACGAGAGCAAUGAAGUAAGCCAUGUAUGUACAAGAGUUCCCGGGUAGUUCAUAUGA